AUGCUGAAAUUUGAAUUGUUUUGUUUUUGUAUUGCAUUAAAUAAAUAAAAUAAAAAGAAUGAAUAAUAAUAACCUCCUAGAGAAACACCAAUGCUUUUGAACAUAUCAAAAUUAUCAAAAGGAUCAUUAUAGAGAUAUCAAGUAAAACAAUUAUCGAUUGAAUCAAUUAGACAUAUUAUUAAAAGGAGUAGCCAUUCUUAGAUUAAAAUAGCACAUUAACAUUGGAGUAAAAAGUUCAGAUUCAUUAUGAAUCAUAAAAAUUAGAUGAUAAAGUAGUNAAUUUAAGAACAUUAUUGCUUAAGGCUCAAAAAAGCAUAGAAUUGCAUUCAUAGAUGAGAUAGACAAAUAAUAAUCUUUGA